AUGCUCUCCCCACUGGUUCUGGCCCUUUCUCUCGCGAGUCUGGGAGCAAGGGGAGCUACAGGCCUGCAGGAUGAUGCUGCACUUCUUCGACAGGCAUGUCCUGACUAUGUCUCAUAUGCUUCAGCGCCGCAUCCUCCCUACAGUGACGGCCCAUUAAAGCUACCCUUUCAACGACCCGCCUUGGAAUGCCGGACCUUCCACUCAUCCGUCGUCGAGCAAGUUAUUGAGGAUGUCACAUCCCGUUUGGUGGAUAAGGAUCUCGCCCAGCUGUUCAGAAACGCUUUCCCCAAUACUCUCGAUACCACGAUCCGAUGGCACACGGACGGGUCCACGACAGCGACAAGGAAGAGCAAGAAACAAAACGGCCAAUGGGAGGGUCCGCAAAGCUUUGUUGUGACAGGAGACAUUAACGCUGAGUGGUUACGCGACUCGACGAACCAAUUGGCAAACUAUCAGACUCUCGCAAACAGGGACCAGGGGCUCUUCAACCUUAUCCUCGGAGCUAUCAACACGCAGGCCGAAUUUGUUAUACAAUCUCCGUACUGCAAUGCAUUCCAGCCUCCACCUCCAAGCAAUAUUCCUCCGACAAGCCACGGGCAAAAUGACCAAGUUCACCCGGCAUAUGAACCAUCCACAGUAUUUGAGUGCAAAUACGAGCUCGAUUCCCUAGCCAAUUUCCUCGCUCUCGCAACAGACUUCCACAGCAACACAGGCUCAACCGAUUUCCUCACAACCCGCUGGCUCACAGCCCUUGAUACCCUUCUCCAAGUCCUAGACGCACAGUCCCGGCCAACCUUCAACGGCGAAGGCCAAUACAUCACGAACCAGUACACUUUCCAAAGAACAACAACGCUAGGAACCGAGACCCUGAACCUUGCAGGCAUCGGCAACCCGCUUAACAGCGGCACAGGCCUUAUUCGCAGCGCCUUCCGCCCUAGCGACGACGCAACGAUCAUGGGCUUCUUCAUUCCCGCAAACGCCAUGAUGGCCGUGCAGCUCCAGCGGACAGCAGACAUGCUCCGCGCCGCGGGUGGACACACCGAUCUCGCAGAUAACCUCGAGACUCGCGCUACCGACUUACGGCAGGCUAUUCAGGACUACGCUAUAGUCAAGCACCCUAAGUAUGGCAAUGUGUAUGCCUUCGAAGUCGACGGCUACGGAUCCCAGAUCCUCAUGGACGACGCAAACGUCCCUUCACUUCUCGCCUUGCCUAUCCUUGGCUUCGUGGAUCAGGAGGACCCAGUCUAUCAGAAUACACGCAAGAUGAUCCUCUCGAAGGAAGGGAACCCCUACUACCUCACCGGGUCCGGCUUCCAUGGCAUCGGCGGACCACAUAUCGGCCUCGAAAACGCCUGGCCCAUGUCUCUCCUCGUACAAGCCAUGACCUCUGACUCGGACGACGAGAUCACGCGGUGCAUCAACCUCGUCCGUGACUCGAGCCUUCUCGGUCUGAUCCAUGAGUCUGUCGAUGUGAAUAAUAUCCGGUCGUACACACGGCCGUGGUUUGCGUGGGCGAACUCGGUCUUUGCGCAGGCGAUCCUAAAGGUUGCCACUGAGCGGCCGCAUUUGAUUUUUCGGAAGGGGGCUGAGCCGUAUGUCCCAUGA